AAUACGUAUAUAUACAGAGAAUAUAGAUCAAGAAUAAAGGGUGGAAUAAAAGUUCUGGUGGUGUUUAGCUAGACUGACGGUACGUUAGACCGAAAGUGGAAUCCUUACUCUGUCCCGGCGUUAGCAGGUUUUGACCUCUAUCAUUUGGAACAGCUAACAAUAAAGAGACAGCCUGCCAUCCCCUCAACGAUCCGUCUCGUAAAGCUGACAAUUGGGCGUACCUAAGUACCAGACAAUAAGCGCUUCGUUUUAAUUCUAUAUUCAAACAAUAUAGCGAAGUUUGCCAUUGUCUGAGGGUAUUUCGAAUGCUCUCCCUCCGAACAUCUGUGUGAACCAAUAUGACACUGCACUUAUCGGCUUUGAGUUAGUUGAGUUACUUUUUGGCUUGCAUGAGCAAGACUAAUCUUUAUGGCAACAUGGGCCCGAGCACAGAAGCCUCCAACCUUUUAAAUUCAACGGGAAGCCAGGCGACUCUUUAGUAUUCAAAUGUGCGGCCACAAACUUACAUUGAAGCUGGGAAAAUAUUUUAUUUAACUUAAAAACCUGCUACAAAAUGUUGGUAAAAUUUGUUGAGCAACCGAAUUGUCUGCUGAAUCACAGGAAUCGCUAUCAAUUGCUAGCCACCAUGCUCAUCAAUCUCAUAUGCAUAUCGCAUGGCACUGGCAUCGGCUGGCAAUCGCCCAUAUUACGCAAACUACAGUCCGAUGAAUCGCCGCUUGACUUUCAAUUGACCAUCUCGGAAGUCUCCUGGGUGGGCUCUGCGGUGGGCCUAGGCGCUCUUGUGGGUAAUGCACUGAUGGGUCUGCUACUGCCGCGCAUAGGUAGCCGCCUGUGUCUGCUCCUCGUAGCCAUACCUCACUCGUGCCUGUGGUUUCUGGCCUACUUUGCUGAAGGCGCGGAGUAUCUGUUUAUUGGACGCUUCUUGGCCGGCAUCUCCAGCGGCGGCAUGUACAUUUCACAUCCCAUUUUCCUAAGCGAAAUUUCAGAUGCCAAAAUUCGAGGGAGUCUCGGCGCCAUGAUAAUGUUGUCUGUGAAUGUUGGCAUUCUUCUAGGCUACAUUUUGGGCACGCAUCUGGCCUAUCAUAUCGUACCAUUCGCAGUGCUCAUCUUUCCAAUUAGCUAUUUCAUAUCCACGCUGUUCAUCAUACGCGAUUCCCCGAUGCAUCUCAUACGCAAGGCCAAGUACAAGGAGGCUGAGCAGUCUUUCAGAUACUAUAAAAACAUUAAGGAUAACAAUCAGCCGGGUGCUCUCACAGAAUUUGAGGAAAUGAAGCAGACACUGACCCAAAGUGAUAAGAACUCGGACAAGGUGACCCUCAAGGACUUCCUAACUCGACCUGCACUCAAAGCUUAUUGUUCGGCUGUGGUUCUUCUGAUUGUUAAUCAAUUUAGUGGACUUUUCGCCAUGGUCAACUAUAUGUCGGAUAUAUUUGCACUGUCGGGCACCUCCAUGGAUCCGGAUACCUGUACCAUUAUCAUUGGCAUUGUGCAGAUUAUGGGCACAUAUGCGACAACGCUUCUCUGUGAUAUCUGGGGACGCAGAAUUCUGCUGGUGAUCUCCUCAGCCGGCGUGGUUGUCAGCCUGACGUGCUUCGGCCUCUUCACCUACUACGCACAGUGGUACGAUUUGAGUGAGUGGAGUUGGGUCCCACUGUUCUUUAUGUCGCUGUACAUCUUUCUGGGCAACAUUGGACUCGUUGGUUGCUUCUUUGUCCUACUUGUUGAGAUGUUUCCGGUCAAGAUACGCGCAAGAGCUGCUUCAAUAUCAAUUUGUAUAUGCAGCUCGUUUGUGUUUAUAUCGCUCAACAUUUUUCCCCUUUGCAUGGAUCAAUGGGGCGUGCCGGCCACCAUGUGGUCCUGUGCGAGCAUAUCAGCACUUGGCUUUAUAUACUUUGUCUUCUUCCUAAAGGAAACCAAGGGCAAGUCAAUGCUUGAGGAUUGAGGGUGAAGCUAGCAAAAAGGGCAAUAUGUGUUGCAACGUCUGAAUUAUAUGUUAAGUUUUUUUUUCCAA